AUGCCGCCAAAGAGGAAGUCAUUGCCUGACAUCAGCAAUGAGGGUCCUAGCCAGAAGAAGUUGUUUUUGCAGGCAGAUUAUAGAAUAAAGUACGGGAAACCACAGCUCGAGAAAUAUGUUGCUCAAUUUAAUAAGGAAGUUGUAGAAUUUCUGACUGGUAUCGACACAAGUGACUCUGGAGAACAAGUAGAUUUUGUUUCUGAGAAAGAUAAUGAUGCUGGUACCGAAGAACCACUGGUGGAUGACGUUUCGGAGAGAACAGAGCCUGCUAUUAAUGGGUCAGAGGCAGUUACCAGCAAAUCCGAGGUAGUUACCAACAUAUUAGAGGUGGAUAGCGAUUCUGAACACUCCACAAAUGGGGUGUUAAAUCGAGUCGAUGAGUGUUCUUCUUCAGAAGACAGUAUUGGCAUUGAUGAGACAGACCUUGAACCAAGCGAGGACGACUACAGAUGUGGAACGAUCUGGUCAGAAGAGGAAAAGGAAAGGUUUUUUACGGCUUUGGGGCGAAAAUCUUGCCACGAUAUGGCUGCUAUAUCUAGGGCUGUUGGAACAAAGACUCUCAUCGAGUGCGAAGCAUAUUACAACCUCCUUAAAUCAUGCUAUGAAUAUCUGAAACGAAGAAAGCCGCUACUUAGCAAAACUCUGCAGCGAGAAAUAUUCGUUUCAUACGAGGAUUUGCCAUAUUCUUAUGAAAUGACGGAGUCAUGGGACUCGGUUGAAAACAAAUAUGCCAAUGCUGUAAUUGACGCUAUAGCGGAUAUGGAGGUUGAAAAACAGAACCAGCAGCAAGAAACGACUAAUGAUCAGAAUGGCACCACAGAACACACAAAUUCGGAGCCUUUACUGUUAAAAUUAGAUACUGAUACCUCUUCACAGCACCCGAUAGAUACCACCUUGAUCAACGGUUCAUCUCACGAGCAUCCAAACACCGGUACCCUGCAGGGUGUCGGGUCUGAGAUCUCAGUUUCCAAUGUAGCUUCAUCUGAUUAUAAAGUAUCUGCUACUAGGACAGCUACUACUGUAGCCACCAAUGUAGUCCCUCGUAAGACCCUAUUUGCGAAAAGGAGUGGAAUGUGCGCAAAAGCAUCUUCUCAACUGCUAAAUAUACCUGAAGCUGUGAAAUUUGCCAACAUGUUUUUCAGGCAGAGCCAAAAAAAUCUGGGACAUAUGUACCAUCAUGGUGGCCGUGGUCAAAAGAAAAGCCAUUUUUAUUUGGAAGACAUUUCACAAGAAGCAGUCGAUUAUCUUGAGAAUAUUAUAAAAUCUCAGACAAGAUUAAUAUUGGGCAGAUAUAUUUGGAGUGCCGAAGACUAUGAUCCCAGCGACGAGGAACAUCGUAAUAAAGCUUUCUAUGAAAAUUUGGUCCAUGCCAUGGGUUACAUUACACGGGUGAACAAGCACCUCCAGGAAAGGUAUCCGAGAGCUACAUUUUGGAAAGCUAUUUCUGAUUUUAAUGGUGUUGAAAUAGAUACUUACAACACCCCUCCGCUACAAAAAAAUCCCGCAGAUGAGUACCGGUUUCACUUUGGUGUAGAGCCUAAACAUCAAAAUCGGUUCCCGUUCGGACUCAAACAACAAUUCCAACCAUACGAGCAUUUGGCUUACAGCCAACCUACCAUUGACGUAGAGGACUCAUACAGCCCUCAACAGCGGAGAUUUUUCCAACAGGUUUUAGAAGCAGCACAAGAAGUGGCACAACGCCGCCCAGAAGAUUCAACGUCACCAUCUGAUAUCGUCAAAUCUAGCAACACAGACGACGACAUUGACAGAUAUCUUGAUCUUGUUGAGAUCGACAUAUCACGGCACGAAGAAAAACGGCUCCUGGUAUGGUUUAAUGGAGCCGAGGCUACUUAG